CUUUUUUGACUAUUUGUGUAUUCGUUGAAAAACUCAAAAAGAAGAGAGAGAGACUGAAGGAGGAGAAGACGAGGAGCACAAAUUGAUUCAUGCUUUCAGAUUUCGACUGAGCAAGGCUUUUAAGUCAAGACAAAGAGAAAUAUCAAGUAAAGAACCAAUUUAUCCUAGAAGAUGACGAGAUCGUGGGUGCUUUUAUUUGUUCUUAUGUUCAUUGUGUUGACUUCUCAGUUUGAGUGGAAUGAACAAGCUGAUAGUGAAACUGAGACUAGUCGUCCUCUCAUUCUUUCAGAUCAAGAGCAACAUAUACCACAAGGCAAAGAAUCUCUGCAUGAAAAGAAAAUUCUCUCUCAAGAAAAGAAAAUUCAAAAGCUUAAUGAGCUGAUUCGAGAUCUAAGGAGGCAGUUGCUGCAAUGCAGAAAUGAAAAUGAGGUUGAGUUGAGGGAGCUAGAAACUGAGCUUGAUCAGCUGCUGUUAAGAGGUGUUUAAUCCAUUUUUACAGAUUGAAGCUUUGUCUCUCUAACCUUCCUUAAGCGUAAAUCCAGAUUCUUGAUCAAUCUAAUACCAUAGCCCCUCUUUCUAAACACUACUCUUGAAAAUUAUGUACUUUGAAGGAGAAAUCAAAGAAGAAUGGUCCUUUUUUGAAGUACAAUCAAGUAUGUAUGUAAAGCUAAGGCAUGCCAUUUGGUUUAUUUUUCAUUUUAUUGUAUUAUUAUCAUAAUACUGAAAGUGCGGGACUACUUGGUCGA